UCUUCUUCAAAAUGGGAAUAAUUUCUUUAUACACCAAAACUUUAUUAGUCGACAUUUCAAUUCUUUUUCUGACAUGUUUCCUUUGUGUAAUUAGCCAAAAUUGUGGAUGCCCUUCACCACAAGCAUCGCCCCCAUUACCAAUACCACAGGCUUCAACUUUCUUAGACCAAAGACUUGCCACGGUAUACCCUAUCAUCCAAUCUUUCAAGGCCAUAGUCACUUCAGAUCCUCUUAACAUCACCCAAUCUUGGGUUGGUUCUGAUAUAUGCAACUACAGAGGCUUCUACUGUGAUAACCCACCUGAUAAUCUCUCUGCUAUCGCCCUUGCCGCCAUUGAUUUCAAUGGGUUCCAGCUUGCUGCCCCAAGUCUUGAUGGCUUCAUUGAUCAACUUCCUGACCUUGCUAUCUUCCAUGCAAAUUCCAACAACUUCUCUGGUACUAUAUCUCCAAAAAUUGCUAAUCUUCGGUAUCUUUAUGAAUUAGACUUGAGCAACAAUAAUUUCUCUGGUAACUUUCCCACAGCGGUUCUUAGCAUUACUGGCCUCUUUUUUUUAGAUAUCCGAUUCAAUUUCUUUACUGGGUCGGUACCUCCUCAGGUUUUUGCACUAAGACUUGACGUGCUCUUUCUUAACAACAAUAAUUUCAUGCAAAAGUUACCUGAAAACCUUGGUACGACACCAGUUCCUUAUCUCACCUUAGCUAACAACAAGUUCACAGGACAAAUUCCACGAAGCAUCUUCAAUGCAUCCUCAACACUAAAAGAAGUUUUGCUCUUGAACAAUCUCUUGACAGGAUGUUUAGCCAAGAUUGAACAGCUCAACCUCGCGGGGAACUUUUUGUACGGUCAGGUGCCGGAGGUAGUAUGUGCAUUAGGAAAUUUGGCAAAUUUAUCACUUUCGAACAAUUAUUUUACUAAGAUAGGGCCAUUGUGUUGGAAGCUAGUGAAGACUGGAGUUCUUGAUAUUAGAAACAAUUGUAUUCAUGGUCUUCCUGAUCAGAGAUCAUGGCAUGAGUGUUUUUUUUUCUUCUUGCACCCUAAGUAUUGCCCUUAUCCUUCAUUCUUCCACUUCAUUCCUUGCAAGAUUCAUACACCGCCACCACCACCUAUUCAACCUCGAGUUGGACCAAAGAGGAAUUUGAUUAGUUAUAAAGCUCUUUCGAAGCAUAGAUUCUGAUGCACUAUGUAUUGGGUUCAUGAAUACUUUCAAGAUAAAGUUAAUUAUUUCUCUA